AUGAUUACAAAAUAUCUUCUUUCGUUUCUCGCCGUUGCAAAUGUUGCGUUAUGUAAUAAAGAUGCACCACAGCUGCAGGAAAGACCUGAAUGGCUUCUAACGUGCAACCGUAUGGACCCGAAUGCGGACAAUUGCUUCAAGAAACUGUUCGAACAUACGUUCCCUUACUUGGCGAAAGGCAUUCCCGAGAUUGGUGUGCCGCAUUUCGAGCCACUGCACAUCGAUAAAGUAAGUGUAUCUCGUGGUUCCGGUAGCCUCAACUUGCAAGGUGGUUUUCAAAAUUUGAUCGUACAUGGACCAUCGAAUACCACAGUACGUCGUGCCAACCUAGAUAUGGAGAAGAAAGUGCUGGAAUUCGAUUUGGACAUUCCACGAUUGCGGAUCAAUGCACAGUACAAUCUCAAGGGACAAAUCCUGCUCUUGCCCAUUGUGGGAAGUGGUGAUGUCGCGAUGACACUCAAGAAUGUCAAGACGCGAGUCGUUACGAAAUUUACUUUGCAAAAUUUACCAGAGGAAGCAAUUCACAUCGAUGAAAUGCGAGUGACAUUCAUUGUUGGUGGCCUACGAAUUCAUUUGGACAAUUUGUUCAACGGCAACAAGGUACUCUCUGCCUCGCUGAAUAUGUUUUUGAAUCAGAACGCGCACGACGUAUUGGCCGAACUGAAAACCGACUUGGAACACGGACUCGAGGCAAUUUUCACCGUACUUUGGAACAAAUUAUUCAACAAAAUGCCAUUGAAGUUGUGGUUGUUGUGA